AUUUCACCUCUACUCUGCUGCUUUUCCAGGAGUACAUUUCCGCUUCCCUUUCAGCACCCAAUUCACAAAAAUACGAAGCAUGUCUACGGUUACUCGGCGUCUGCUCAAGGAGCUGCAGGACAUCCAGCGCGAGCUCAGCGAGGAGAUUGUGUCCCUGGAGCCCAUAGACGAGGACGAUAUCCUGCAAUGGCGCGCAGUACUGCGCGGGCCCAAAGACACAGCCUACGAGAACGGCCUGUUUGAGCUGUAUAUCGAUAUCCCGGAGCAGUACCCGAUCCACCCGCCAACGCUGACCUUUGUGACCCCUGUGUGCCACCCGAACGUGCAUUUCGAGAGCGGCGAGAUCUGUCUGGAUAUCCUGAAGACACAGUGGUCGCCGGCAUGGACGCUAAAGUCAACGUGUCUGGCUAUCCACGUGCUGCUGGCAAACCCGGAGCCUUCGAGCCCGCUCAACUGCGAUGCAGCAAACCUGCUCCGGUGCGGCGACAGCAUUGGGUACAAUUCGCUGGUCGCGUUGUACACCCAGAUGUAUUCCAUGUAGAAACAGUGAACCUCGAUAGAACCCAAUACAUGUACUCUCUAGCCUGCGUCAAAA